UCUCCAUUCAGAGCAUGUGGUGACAAGUACCUCAGAAUGAUUUCAGUGAAGAUGUUGCUCCCAACGCUGCUGGUGGUGGUCGCUGCUGGCGCUGCUUUGGGUAGCCCGCAGCAGGCGACCUACGUCACCUACAGGAGGGAGGGCAAGGAGGAGCCUGCGUCGAGCUACGCCUCCCACCAACCCACCUAUGGUUCUCCAGCACCAGCACAACCAAGUCACGGUUCACAACCCACCAGCUAUGGUGCGCCAUCAACCAACUAUGGUCCACCCACACAAUCAUAUAAAGCUCAGCCCGCCGUGAUGUAUGCACUCAUGCCUUCUGAAAUGCCUAAGAAGGAAGAAGAAAAAAAAGAAGAAGAUGACAAGAAGAAAAAACCUCAAACAAAAGAAGAAAAGAAAUGCGCCAUUAAAAAAGUUCUACCGCCACUAAUCCUCAUCACCAUCUUUAUUGGGAUGAUCUUGCUGCAACUUUGGGCGCCGCGGCUCGUCGCGUCGCUCGUGAAUCCAAUCGUGAACCCUAUCGCGGAUGGCAUCGACGCAAUCGCAGCAAGCAUCGCAGCAGGCAGGCAAUCAUCGUGGAAUCAGAGAGCCGCUACUGACGAUGUAAACAUCGAGCCUGCGUUGAACGCAAUCGACUCAUUUUUACAGUUGACGGUACGCGUCACGGCCGUACUGUCGAAUGAGACCUGCUUUGCGGCGAUGCUGUGCGAGGCCGCCGCUACCGUUCCUCAACCCGACUUGUCGUCCAGAAUGCUGAAGUACGUGGUGCCGACUCGUUACCACAGCUACGUGAAGAUAUUAACUGGAGGAAAACAAAAUUGCGUGAAGAAAUAUCCCUGUCCUGCCUGGUCUGAGCACUCCAACAGCAUCUAACCACAUCUAACGGGAUACUCAUUCACUAGAUCCAGCUCUGUCUGGACCGAGCACAUCAACCACAUCUACCAGGACACUCAUUCACCAGGUCCAGCUCUGUCUGGUUCGAGCAUAUCAACCACCUCUACCAGGACACUCAUUCACCAGAUCCAGCUCUGUCUGGACCGAGCACAUCAACCACAUCUACCAGGACACUCAUUCACCAGAUCCAGCUCUGUCUGGUCCGAGCACAUCAACCACAUCUACCAGGACACUCAUUCACCAGAUCCAGCUCUGUCUGGUUCGAGCACAUCAAUCACAUCUACCAGGACACUCAUUCACUAGCUUUUGCCAUUUCUUGGACCAGAUUCAGAGAAUCAUAGUGAGCUCGGACCAAAUCACACCAACCUCCUUCUGCUACACGGCGUCGUAAGAAAGGCUGUUUGUAUUUUCAAUUACUUAAUUAGUUACGUUCUAUGGAGUAGUUUUGUAUUAUUAUGCGAUGACAAAUGUAAUGUAAAACGGAACUGGGAAAAAACAUUUUUACAAUCAUAUUUCUCAUUUAAAUUCAUGAGAAUAUUUGGAUUAAUUUUUUAUGCGACUUUUUGCAUUACAAUAUUCAGUUGAGUCCACACAGGAAUUUUUAUUUCAUUGUGAAAAUACUCAAUUGUUGGACAAGGUAAUAGCCCGAAUGAAUUGUUGACUCUCCAGCAAUAUUCUCCUUCUUGGAUCUGCUAGGACUCCCUAGCUUGGGACUAGGGAUAUGAUAGGGCACCCAACGAGGUACCCUAGCAAGCUGCCUAGCUUGAUGCCAUGAGAACGCGUUUGUCAUGACAACAUUUACGCAACUUCGUCAUUUUGGUGAAGGCAUUUCAAGAAAAAGCUUCAUGAAUGAUGUAAAUCCGACGCAGUACUUGAAAUUGAACUCGUACCUAUUUAAUUAGCUUAGACAGAGUAUUUAAUAAUUUAUUUGAAUUAUCAUUAGCAUAAGGCCUCAUAAGGGGAUUCAGCUCAUUUUAAUGUAUAUACAUCCCUUUCAUGACGAUUACUCGAGAACGAUGCCAUAACCAUUAUUCCGUACAAACUUUGCAUAUCAACAUUUACAUUCACCCGAGGGCAGUUUGUAAGGCUGCAUAAAAUUUAUCUUGCUAAAAAAUCCCAUGAUUACAACACCAGUUCCGUACAACAUUAGUUCAAGCGUAUUUAAGGUGUAUCUGCGACGUCAGUUUGUUCUGUAACUUCCAGCUGAAUCAUUUUUAGGAGCCGUAUACUCCCAAGCUAUUACAAUGAUUGUGAAUUGUCAAAUGAUCAUAGUUCCGUGUCCUACGUGCUCAUCCCGCAGGAUGAGCCUGAACUGGAAUGGUUCUGUUGGUGGGAUUAUUGAUAUGGGACCAGGAUAUGGGAUUCUGUACCUGGGAUUGAUUGCAGACACUCAGUCCUGGCUUGUAAGGUUGAAUUGGCAUUGCAAUUUUUCCUUCGCAAAUGUCUAAUUGUGUUGGGCGAAAUUUUAUACUUUUUUAUUUUAUGAUCAGGUUUAUCAUACAUUUAUUUGGCAAAGUAAGAUAGUGUGUGAGGAAUGGAACAAAAAUGAAAAUUGAUUUUUAAAUGGAUGUGAUUAUAUUUCAAUUUUACAGACAAAAAAGUAUUAUUUUUUUCAAGAUUUUGAAUGAUAUAGUCAAAUACAAGUUUUGUGUUUCAUGCAAAAUAUGGGAAUUCAAGAGCUAUUUAUAAUAAUAAUUCAUUGGUUUUAUUAUUACUAAAUGCGUUCAAGACAACAGAAAUGACGGAAUACGGUUUAACAUAUGAUUCUUAAAUAGCAGGCAUUAACCAGCCAGUACUGCAUCUUAUUAAGUGGUUUAUAGAAUUGCAAAAAUAUAAAAACUUCAAGACAAAGAGAAUCUAUAACACCACAUGCAAGAGUUAUUACAUCGAGAAUCAAAGAGAAUCUAUAACACCACAUCGCCAUGCAAGAGUUGUUACCCGCGUAUUAAAUGUCGGCCAGUAUCAAAUAGAACGUUCGCACAUGUUUAUUCCUGAACCUGAUAAAUGAAUGUAAUUCAUUAUUUCAUCAUUCAAAUUUAUGUUAUAAAAGCUAUAUGUUCCAAGUUGUUCUUUCAUAACCCACACUACCAUAUUUGCCUAUUUCAGAAACAUUUCGACAAAAUAGUCUAUCUAGUAUCUGAAAUAUUGUUAUUAUCUGUAAAAGUUUAUUGGUUCUAUCAUCGCUGUGUUAGAUACCUUGCACCGAAAAUAUAUUGGUGCUGUUCAGGUCGGAUGAUCAGGAUGAUUGCUUCCUGAUGAUUUUUCCAACUGUACUCAAUGAUAGAUCAGGCUCCUUGGAUAUUAUUCGAUACCCCUUCCGUUUCUUGUGACAAUCUAUGAUCU